UCCAGCUAUUGCAAACAACAUUCAUUCACUAAAUUCUAUGAAUAUAGGAACAGGCCUGCAUAAUAUCCUUCUAAAAUCCGAUUUUUGCAUAAGCAUGUGACAUUGAAAAGCUCCUUACAUUACUCCAAAUUCCCAUGAGUCCCUCGAUGUCUAAUCCCUUGGCUCCUCCCACCCCAUGUGAGAAUAAAAAGUUGGACGCCCAGCUUAUUUAGACUGCAGUCUGGGCCAUGUUUCCUCUACAGUUUCUCAGCCUCUUCUUCUUCGCCACAAAAGCGGUGGAAGUGAAGGAGGACAAGUCAAAACGCAAGUAUGACCUCUCCCUUUACAAACGGGGCGACCUGCUGGAGGUCCCCCGGACUCUUUUCACGCACUUCGGCAUCUAUCUCGGAGACAACAAGGUGGCACACCUCAUCCCCGACAUCAUCCCCGUCUUCACCAAGAACCAAGACAUCAUCAAGGAGAUGGUGACCAAUAGCCGGCUGAUCAUGGGCGUGCUGGCCAAAGUGGCGAGCGUCAGAGUGGACACUGUGGAGGACUUCGCCUAUGGGGCGGAGAUCCUGGUCAACCACAUGGACAAGGCCUGCAGUCGACCGCCCUACCAAGGCGAAGAGGUGGCCAGGAGAGCUGAAAAGCUGCUGGGCUCCAUCACGUACAGUCUCCUGUGGUACAACUGUGAGCACUAUGUCAUGUACUGCAGAUACGGGACAUGCAUAAGCUUUCAGACCUACCAGUUCUGUAAAACUGUGAGGAAGAUCGUGUGCAGUCAGAAGAGUGCGUUUCUCACUGCUCUGCUGGGGGUGAGCGUCAUGCUCUACCUGGGGUCUUUCACCCCUCUCACCCUGCUGCUCACCCUGCUCUGCCCUUUCAUCCUCUGGAUGACAUCGUAAGCCCACCUCGCCCCUCUGGAAAAAGAAGACUAUCUGAUGGUGGUUGAGGCAAUGGAUUCCCACUGAACACAAUAUGCAGUGUUUUAAUGAAAACCAGUUCAAGGUACUUUUUUGUUAUUGGAUUUUGAGCAUACAAGUCACAAAUUAUAUCUGGUAAAGUGAAUUAAUGGUUUGAAUGUGCUAAAUAUCUCAUGUUUAAUUUAUUUUCCAGUUCUGUAGUAUGUUUAGCUUUACUAUUGACUUGACAUAAAUGUUCCUGUCACUGAUGCCUGAUGUACAAUA